AUGCGUUACACAUCGGCUUACUUGCUCGCCGCUCUUGGUGGAAACUCCGACCCGAAGGCUGAUGACCUCAAGAAGAUCUUGAGCUCUGUCGGAAUCGACGCCGAUGCCGAGAAAGUCGACAGCGUCGUGGCCGCGCUGAAAGGAAAGAACCUCAAAGAGGUUAUUACCGAAGGAAAGGCUAAAAUCGCUUCAGUACCCUCAGGAGGAGCUCCAGCCGCUUCAUCCGCUGCCCCAGCUGCUGCUGCCGCUGACACCAAGGCCGCCAAGAAGGAGGAGCCAAAGGAAGAAUCUGAUGACGACAUGGGAUUCGGACUUUUCGACUAA